UCUAAUAAUCAAGAGUAGAGUCCACAGUCGUUCUACAAGCAUCUAUAGAUUCCUUAAUAAAAUUCUUGUUACACGCACGGACAUACGGCGAAGAGAACGCGAGAGAGUUGUAAAAUACAUAAAAUUGAAGAAUUUAAUGAAUAUUUAAUAAAUAAAUAAAAAAAAAGUAAAAACAAACUCAAUCAUUGACUGGAUAUUUGAUUGACACACGAAGAGUGCUGCGGAAAAAAACAAACAAAUCCAUCAUCGAACAACUUUUGAAUAUACCAAGCAGCAAGAGAGAGAGAGGAAAGGAAAGCAACAACAACAACUGCCAUCGCAUUCACAAAUACGCCAAAAAUAAUAUCGCAGCGCUUCAUUUAUAGCAACAGCCAGCAAACAACAAACUGACAACAUAACAACUAAUUACGAUCAAAAUUAGAGGAAUUUAGGGCGGCGUCACUCAUUUAUACUAAUUAUUAUCCUGUGCUUUUUGAAAAUCGCUAGAUUAAACUAAUGAACGGUUGAAUGAACAAAUAUGAUGAUUAUUAGGUUUCAUUACCGAUUUCGGAAUUAACGCAACGAAAAAAAAAACAAAAUUUUAUUUUUGGUUGUUUGGAACGUAAAUAAAUUACACAACGGAUUUACCACAAAAUAGAAAAAUCGUAAAAAAAUAGCAGCAGCAAACGGUAAAAAAGGCUCACAAGUGUCAUCGACAUCCAUCGACUCUACACAGAUCUACGUGGAAGAUUGAAGAUGUUAUAAUAUGGGUUACAUCUGUGACAGAGCCCAUCAUUUAGAGAUACAUGCAGACAAUGAGAGAUCAGACAACAACAACAACUGUGUAGCAGCACAUCAAUUUGGCAAUGAAGACAUUUGUAAGCAGCAACGGCAAAACAGGAAAAUUAAUCAAGAUCAUUUAGCCACGUCGUCUUCGUCGGUGUCGGUGUCUCCGCACGAUAAUUCAAUUGUUGCUGCGAACGACACCGAUCUAGAUUACAAUUUUUACAAAUAUCGCAAGGAAAAAUCCCCGAGCACGACGUUCGAGCAAAUUGUAGGUUAUGCGAAUCAUUUUUUAGUAACUUUAGGUAAAUUGGCGCCACAAUAUGUAGAAGACGUAGUUAGUUCCCGCAAAAGCAACACAUCGACGACGACGACAUCAGCUGUGAAUAAAAUUAACGUGAAAUCCGGAUCAAAGAGUCAGUCACGCAAAAACAAUGCAAUUAACUCUCGUUCUCCAGCGUCGACGACGAGAAGCACAAAGAACUGUUCUUCCGGCAAAUCCGGAAGUCACGCAUCAGGUGACGACGGCAACGGCAAACACAAUCAUCCCUCAUCGCAUCACGCCCAACAUCACCACAGUAGUUGCGGCCUCGUUAAACAUUCAUUAUGUCUCUACGCUGCCUCUAGUAUAAUUAUAGCGUUAUGUUAUCUCACAACACCAAUUGUUGCCUACGAUCAAGUUCAUCCAAUAUUCGCCGAAGGAAAAUCCGACAAGGAGAUUUUAGAUCAAUUGUUGAAGAAAACCCGAUACGAUAAAAGACUUCUGCCACCAGUUGAUGAUGCAGAUUUUUGCUGUGGCAUGAACACGCCGGAAAUGGCAAACAAUGAGACAAAUUCAAGACAACCGGGAAAACCACAGAAUCGGGGUACUUUGACUGUUAAUGUUAGUGUUUUACUGUUAAGUUUAGCGUCGCCUGAUGAAUCUAGUUUGAAAUACGAAGUGGAAUUUCUGUUACAACAACAAUGGUACGACCCGAGAUUACGUUAUGCAAAUCAAUCGCAGUACGAGUACUUGAAUGCAAUUCAUCAUCACGAGGAGAUUUGGCUGCCAGACACGUAUUUCAUCAUGCAUGGCGACUUCAAAGAUCCCAUAAUACCGAUGCACUUUGCCUUAAGAAUCUAUCGUAAUGGAACUAUCAAUUAUUUAAUGAGGAGACAUCUUAUCCUCUCGUGUCAAGGGCGAUUAAAUAUUUUCCCCUUCGACGAUCCUCUAUGCUCAUUUGCUCUCGAAAGCAUAUCUUAUGAACAAUCAGCUAUCACAUACGUAUGGAAAAAUGACGAGGACACUCUUCGCAAGAGCCCGUCGUUGACGACACUUAACGCUUAUUUGAUUCAAAAUCAAACAAUUGCUUGUCCCAUCAAAGCCAGCUGGCGAGGAAACUACAGCUGCCUUAAAGUGGAUCUAAUAUUUACGAGAGAUCGUGCAUUUUAUUUUACGACUGUUUUCAUACCCGGCAUCAUACUAGUCACAUCAUCCUUCAUUACAUUUUGGUUAGAAUGGAAUGCAGUGCCUGCUAGAUCAAUGAUAGGUGUCACAACAAUGUUGAAUUUCUUCACAACAUCCAACGGUUUCCGCAGCACGUUGCCCGUCGUCUCGAACCUGACAGCGAUGAAUGUUUGGGAUGGCGUUUGUAUGUGCUUCAUUUACGCGUCACUCCUCGAAUUUGUUUGUGUCAACUAUGUGGGCAGGAAGCGGCCAUUGCACAAUGUUGUCUACCGUCCUGGAGAGAAUCCAGUUACGCAGCGUCUUCCAGCUGUCCUAAGCAGAAUUGGAGUUAUUCUUGCAAGUCCCUUGGAGGUGAUUGAGCAAGAAUUUCACGCAGCGAUCUCGGCUGAAAAGCCCGCAGCUGCGACCGGAGUAGUGCCCAUUGUCGGAGCAGGAACAUCCCCGCCGCCGCCUCUGUCUGGUAGCGGCGCCGUUCUCACGUCAAAAAGUCCGUCGUCCGUUGCAGCAGCUCGUUCGCCCGUUGGGGGGGACGAUGCGGAAAUCGGUGCUGCCAUGCCACUGAUGAUCGAUGAACAAAAGCCACGGGCACGAGUUGCGGCCCGUACGCCCGUACAAACGAAAAUUGUUGGCAACGUGAAUGACGUUGAAAUUUUAGAGACGUGUUUUGGUCCAGGAGAACAAACCAGCAAAAAGCGCGAAUCCGGCGGCCCGAACGAGAUUGUCGCUUGCACGAGUUGCGGCGGAAGUGCCAGUCCGUGCACUCAUUCAGCGAACAAUGGAUGCGCCACAGAAACAUGUUUCGUGCAAGUCCGGAAGAAAGAACCACCGCAUCCAAUCCGUGUGGCAAAAACGAUCGAUGUUAUAGCAAGGAUUACGUUUCCCACAGCGUACGCCGUUUUCUUAAUAUUUUUCUUCAUACACUACAAGGGAUUCUCCUAGAAAAUACUUUGCUUGGUUUCCAGACGACGAACAGCAAAAAAAAAUGCAAUCGCUCAAUUUUCAUUAUACUUGUACGUUUUCGUUUUCGUAAAGUUAGUCAAGUAAUGCAGUAACCACAAUAUCAUCGUA